AUGCGUUUCACCAUCGCUACCUUGCUCGCCGUGGCCGCCGUCUCCAUGGCCCAAGUAACACCCAACAACGCCGGCGCUAAGAACGUCGGUGCCGGCAACGGUGCGCAAUUCAUCACCGGCGGUUGUGUUUCAGAUGCGGACUGCAGCUCCGCUUGCUGUAGUCAAGUCGCAGCGACUGGCAACGGUGUAUGCUCUGCCGAAGCAGCUAGCCAGCAGAAUGGAAAGACUGGUUGUGGAUUCACCGAUCCAAACGCUAAUGCUGUGAUCGCGGCGGCGCAGGAGCAGGUUGCGAAGCAGGGAUUCAAGAGGGUCGUUCGUAGCGAGUAG